AUGGCUUCUCUCUGCCUCUCUCCUUCCUCAUCCUCCUCUUCUUCCUCUUCCACAGCCUCCUGCGCUUCCUCCUCCUACGGCUCGCCACACAUGCAUCCGACGCGUCCGACACGGCCCUCCGCUGGUACACCCGCAAUUGCCUCGCUCCCCAGCUUCGCGCACUCGCUGUCCUCGUUUCCGACGAUGACUGCUGUCACGAACGACAUGGUGCACUACGGCUCCGGGCGUGCCAAACGCGCCAGCGAAGCCAAGCUCAACACCGUCCUGCGCCGGACUCAGCGACGGCAAGACACAGGCUAUCCCGACUCCCCUGCGCGCGACUGCAGUCAUAGCGUGCCGAGUCUCGAGCCACGUGCGCCGUGUGGCGCAGCCCCAGCUCAGGGCGAGGACGACGAUGCGAUCGUCGUGGCGACCAGGAAGCGCAAGGUCAACUGA